AUGUCUGUGACGCAAGACUUUGCCUUGGGUUACCUCCGAUCGCGAGGUUUGGUUGACUGCGACACACUUGAUGCUAAAGUCGCACAGACACUGGGGCCCUUCCAAGAUUGCACAUCUAACCAGGCCAUCGCCUUCUUUGAACUUUCCAAACCCGAACACAAAGAACUACUCGCUGAAUCCCACCUCAAUGCCGGCACGCUCUUGAGGUCUAUGGCAGAAACCAAGGAUCCUCGAUUUGCCGGCCUUGAGCUCGAUGAGCUAGCUGUUGAAAUUGCGGCAUGUUUAUCUCUGUCCUGCAUUGUUUAUCUUUUCAAGGAAUUCGCACCCACCUGGGACAGCUCAAGAAUCUCCAUCAAAAUCCCAAGUACGUGGGAAGGUAUGAUGGCUUGCCGAACAUUACAACUGGCCGGUGUCCAUACACUAGCCACUACUUUAUUCUCCAUGACACAGGCAGUCCUCGCCGCAGAAGUAGGAUGUACAUAUGUAGCGCCAUAUGUCAAUCAACUCAAGGUCCACUUUGAGCCUGGCUUCGUCGAUCCCAACAAGCUCUUUACACUGUGCGUUGCUAUUCAAAAGUACUACAAAUCAGUCGGCGCCAUCACUCAAGUUUUACCCGCCAGUCUUACGUCGACAGACGAAGUACUUGCUCUGGCAGGCGUAGACCAUAUAACGGUAGCUCCGCCACUUCUUGGGCUUCUGUCCGUGCCGGAUUGUCCUAUUCCUCCGUCCUUCUUUGAUGGUGAUACAUCGGGAUUGACCGUUCUUCCCAAAAUGUCUUAUUUGAAAGAUGAAGCUGCGUACCGGAUUGCUUUUACUCGGGAUCUUGCUGGGGAGAGCGAGGACAAGUUGACGCAGGCUAUUAAUAUUUUUUGCGAUAUGCAGGAUAAAUUGAUUGCUCUUAUCAAGUCCAAGUCAGAAUAG